AUGGCGAGCGUGCGCCGCCAGAACAGCACAGCGUCCGCCGGAGGCCACGCGCUGACGCUGCAGCAAAGGGCCAAGGCCAAGGGAUCACAAGCAGCGGCUGCACCAGCUCUGCCGACGUCUGCUCAUGUUUCCGAUCCCUUUCUGCAGGAAUUCCUGCAGAAUGGCUUUGACCCGGCCGCCUACUGGAACGCGACGCUGGGAGCGGGGGCAACGUCGAGCAGAGGACGGGGUGCACCAGCCACAACGACGACAACGACGACGACGACAACAACAACAACCUCAGACCAGGCUGCUGCUGCCCAGACGUGUCUGUCGCAGCUGGCCGCCCACACCACCCGCCUGACCGCCGUGCUCUCGCAGCUGACCGACGACAUUCUGCGCAGCGGCAGCCGCAUGGCCUACGAGGUAGAGCUGCUGCGCGGCGAGACCAUUGGCCUGGCCGACGUGCUGGAGGAAGUCGGCCAGGAGUUCCCCGCCAUCGGCGGCGGGGCGUCGCCGACAGGCGAGGGGGAUUCAGCAGCACCUGCUGCCAGCACUGCCCCCGACGGAGACAGAAACGAAAACCACGAUCCGUCAGCUCCCCCUCCGGCUCUGGCCCAGCUCCGCAUGCUGGCCCAGGUGCGCAGCCGCCUAGACACGGUGAUCCGCACCUUUGGCGACGCCAUGGAAUUCGUCAUGCCGCCGUCAGCCAUGUCGGUCAGCGCGUCCUUUUUGUCUGUGUCCGGGCCAGAGACCUCGACUGUCGGCCAGGAUGGCGGCCGGAACGCCAGGGAACGAUCGGGCUCGACAGCGCCAACAACGCCGACGUCACUCGAAGAGAAGGGCCAGCAGGUGCUCAAGAUGCGGCGGGACGAGGUGGCGCGGCUGCUAGAGGCCGGCAGCAGUGGCAGCGACAGCAGCGACGGCGGCAAAAAGGGGAUCGAAGAGGCAGCCGCCCGCGUGGCCGCUCUGCGGGCACUGUGUCAGGUGUGGGCGGGGACGGCCGAGGAAAAGGCGCGGGUCAAGUUCGUCGACGGUCUGCAGCGCAUGGUCGACGACCGGCAGAAGCAGCUGGAGCGCGAGAGGCUGGCAAAAGAACAAGCGGCGGCAGCAGCAGCGGCGGAAACAGCGGCAGCAGCACCAUCAUCAGGAGGCGGAGACUCAGGAACAGGAGGGACAGCAAAAGGGGGCUCGUCUACGGCUACAUCGACCUCUCAGGAUUCCAACACUAGAUCAUCCUCGCCUGCUGCGGCUGCCAUCAACAGAGGAUACGCCUCUGGCUACGGCUUCAUCAGUCAGCUGCAAAAGAUCCGUGGUGGCCUGCAAUAG